AUGCGGAGCGUCUGGAUGCUCCAUCCCGGCGCCCGCAGCCUGCGCCCCGCCUUCCUCACCCUCCUCCUGCUCCUGGCCCAGGUGACCCUGGGUGAGCGCUGCCCGUGGCCGUGCCCCGGCCCCUGCCCGGCCCAGCCUGCGGCGCCGCCCGCCUGCGCGGCCGGGGUGCCCGCCGUGCCCGCCGGCUGCCCCUGCUGCCUGGUGUGCGCCGCCCAGCUCGGGGAGCCCUGCUCCCACACCCGGCCCUGCCACGAGGCCCGCGGACUCCGCUGCAGACCCGACCCCACCCCCGACGGACUGCCGGGCAUCUGCACCGCUGUGGAAGGAGACAACUGUGUAUUCGAUGGGACAAUUUACCGUAGCGGGGAGACCUUCCAGCCCAGUUGUAAGUACCAGUGCUCGUGCAGAGACGGGCAGGUGGGCUGCGUCCCUCGCUGUCACCAAGACCUGCUGCUCCCGGGCCCUGACUGUCCUUUCCCAAGAAAGGUGGAAGUGCCGGGGGAAUGCUGUGAGCAGUGGAUUUGUGACCCACGGGACGGGACGCCAUUGGCUGGUGUGGCUCUAGCAGCUUUCAGAGAAGAAGCCACCGUGGGGAUCACCGGGCCCGACUCGAGCCUCAACUGUAUCGAACAGACGACGGCGUGGAGCGCAUGCUCCCAAAGUUGUGGCUUGGGGGUCUCCACGCGGGCCACCAAUAAGAACCGACAGUGUGAGAUGGUUCAACAGGCCCGGCUAUGUGUGGUAGGGGUCUGUGGACAGGAGGAUCGGCCCCAGGUUGGAAAGAAGGGGAGGAAGUGUCUACGCACCCAGAAGUCUCUCCAGGCCAUGGUCCUGCACCACCAGAACUGCACGAGUCUGCAGACGUACAAGCCCCGGUUCUGCAGGACUUGCGGGGACGGGCGCUGCUGCACCCCUCACCACACCAAGACCAUCCAGGUGCCCUUCCGCUGCCCCCAUGGACGCAUCAUCGAGAAGCCGGUCAUGUUCGUCACGACUUGCACCUGUCACACCAACUGCCCUGAAAACGACGCCGCCUUCAUCCAGGGGUGAGGCCCCGGGGCCCUCCUCGGGCUGCCCACGCUGAGACUAUCACGUCCACCUCCUCGCUGGCACUUAUCCUGCGGGCCGCCAGCACCCCAAAGGGGCUCUGGAGCCGUCAAUGACUGGGAAAUUCUGGUAUUGACUAACCUGUCGAACAGGCGCCCCACUCCCGUCGUGACACAGUUGUGCGGACCCUUUCUCUUUGAGCUCAGGGAAUGGGUGGGCAUUGAUGGGGAAUGGGUGAGUGAAGGAAGACUCCCUGCAAUGGCCCUCUCCACAUACCCUAACUCCGGUCGACUCUCCCAUGUGUCUUGGGGAUGAUUUGCCCUGUUAUAAAUUCAGCAAAAAGGAAUCUGGUGAUACUGGUGAUGGCUCUACCAUCCUGGAGUUGGUGGGAGGUAGAAAUCACACUGCUGCUCUGGUCAGGCUCCAGAAUUUUUAAGACUGUCCCAAAUUUAUUCCAUCUCUAGGGAGGCUUUCUCUCAAGUGUGGACUUUCUGAUGAAUUUUGGUUCUGAGCUACUUCAGGAAGGGCCCAGGGGAGAGUCAGUCAUGCUGAUAAAGAGGUCACUGUCGGCUUUCUCACAGUCAUUUCAUUCACAAGAUUUCUGCCUUAAGAUAAGUCUCCAGCACUGGCCAAAAAACGUUCCUCAGAGUGUGGCUACAUUGGUGUAUACAGUAAGGAUAGAGCCUGGGGCAGGGCUUCUCACAUUCAUUUUUUUAAUUAUUAUUAUUAAAUGCCAUGGGUCACAAGAAUUCUCUCCAGACCUCUUCCCUCAAAGGGGAAGCAGUGGUAACCUUGUGGAAAAAGCCUGGGCCUGGGAGCCAGGAAAUCUGAGUCCUAAUCCUGACUCCACCACUUCCCUGCUUUGUGACCUGGAGAAAGUCACUUAACUUCUUUGGGCCUCGGCUUUCUCGCCUGUUAAAUGGGGUUUCAAAGUUUGUUCUCUCUCCCACUUCGACUAUGAGCCCCAUGUGGGACAGGUACUAUAUCCAAUCUGACUUUAUUGUAUUCUCUAGACUGUAAACUCAUUUUGGACAGGGAACAUGUCUACCAAUUCCAUUGUAGUGUUCUCCCAAGUGCUUAGUACAGUGCAUUCUCACUGACCAAUCGAUUGAUUGAUAUUGUAUCCAGUGCUUGGCACAAAGAAAGCGUUUAACAAAUUUGACAAUUGCUAACAUGAUUUCCCCAGGGAAAUGAAGAGGGUUAUAGAGCUCUCCAGGGAUAUUUUAGAUCAAAACAAAAAGCUUGGAGAUCGCAGAAGGUUUUGUUCCCAUACUGCCAUGCCAUACCCAUGACGACUCCCACCCAGUAGCGAAUGGGGCAUCUCUGAGGAGAGAAGUGUCUGUAGUUGACAGUGAAUUUGUCCACCAACUCUGUCAUAUUAUACUCUCCCAAGCGCUUAGUACAGUGCUCAAUAAAUACGAUUGAUUGAGUGACACUGAUCCUGCCAGUGACCACUCAUCAGAACCUGUUUCAGAGCACAUGACCUCUCUCUUCUUCCAAGAGGGAAAUGAAUAUGCAGUUGACAGAGAAGUAAUUUCCACUGAAAGACUCCUCCUGGUGCUGCCACCUAAACAGCUUCCACUUCUGCUGAAACUCUUUGAGUCACCUUUUUUUUUUUAUAAUUCCUUCCCCUCCGUUUUUAUUUCUCUAUUGGCUAGGCUUUGGGGAAGGCCGCAUCGCUUUCCCCCAAAGUGGGGGACUGGGAGCCUUAAAGACUGUGUGUGUUGUAAUUGUGUCACUCAGGCUAUUAACGUUUAGCUGCAAAGUGUAUGUUCUCAAAUGAUUUCUGUAAAUUCCUUUACAGUAUUGUUUUAUGUACCUGGGGCCCUUCCCUCAGAGAAUGUAUUGCUGUAAAAAGAAAGUGUCUAUGUGGUGAAAGUAUCCUUUCUCUGUCCUGGCUGUAAUUGGUGACCAUUGCAGAAGAAGCGUGUGGCCUUGCUUAUUAUUAGGUUAUUGGUUCCAUUGUUUUCUGAAAGUGUUCUGUGUCUUUACUGAAAAGUGGCAUAUAA